UGGUGGCCAACCGCUUCUCAUAUUAAAAGAAGAAUUGGCCUCGCUAUGGUUAGAGAGUCUCUUGCGCUCUUUUUACUUCAAAUAAUAGAAGAUAAAGACCCACAAACUCUUUUAGCAGCACAUACGUAAUCAAGAAUAUUCAUUAGUACUUUUUCAGUCGAUGUAAAUUAUUUUCGUUAAGCUCCUUCAGUCGGUUUUUGAGAGGGAUUCUUUCUGUCGAUCGUGUGGACUCUGACACGCCCAGAAACUCCUGAUUAUUACAAAUAAUAUCCAUCGAUCAUCUUUGAAAACGAAACAUAGAGCAGUAUGAAAAACAUUUCAUUGUUCUUUGUGUUCGUUGUGUUUAUGGAAGGUGUUUUUGGUGAGUCAGUGACUGAGGGAGGUUCUGUCACUUUAAAGACUGGUCUCUCUGAAAUAAACCCGGAUGAAGUGAUAGAGUGGAGGUUUGUUGAAACUCUCAUAGGUAGAGUAAGAAAAGGCAUUGACCCCUCACUGUAUGGUGACGUUCUUGAUGGGAAAUUCAAAGGCAGACUAAGACUGGACAGUAAGACUGGAGAUCUCACCAUCUCAAGCACCAAAACCUCAGACUCUGGAGAAUAUAAAGUUUCCAACAGCAUCACUGACCUAAAGACCUUCACUGUCACUGUCAAUGCUGCUGCAGCUCCAGAAUCAGGUUUGUCUCCAGGCGGGAUAGCAGGGAUAGUUAUUGCUGUUAUUGCGGCGGUGGCUGCAGCUGUUGGUGGCAUUUACUAUGGCUACAAGAAAAAGGGAGGAACGUUAUGAGCUUCAGUGGCAGAUGUUGAAUGUCACUGAUUCCACUAAACACAGAAGAAAUACGCCGGAGGAACGGCCUUUGAUAAAGAAAAACUCUCUCGGCAACUUCAGGACUAAACCAAUGUGACAUUUUCAUUAUUCAAUAUUAGUCAUAUUUCUCCUCAUAUUAGCCUCUGAAAUCCUCCACAUCUGAUCCAAAUUUCACAUUUCAUCCCCAUUUAAUGCGUACUGGAUAAAGCACUUACUGUUUCUGCAAUUAUUAGACCAAAUAUCUGAUCAACUUUAGUUUUAACUCUUUCUAGAAACGUGUUUGUGUCGCACUGACACUGUGUAUGAAAUUUGAUGUGACGCUCUUAUUGCAGGAAUAAUCUCCACAUGCAUUCCUAUUGCUUAAAUCAUAAUAUAAACUGUGCCUUCUUUUUCUGCUUAAUUUCACUUUAGUUUCAUCUGUUUUGUUAUCUAAAGUAAAUCUGCCCAUCUUACUCUCUGAUUGUGAAUGUAAAUUUAAAUAAUUUGUUACGGGUAAUGAUUUAUCGGUGUGUAAGCUUAUUGAUUUUAUUUUUUAAUUUGAUUGUUACUUUUUUAAAUGAUUUUAUUCGAGAAGUUUUAGAUUUGAAUUUAAUGUUGUGCUGCUUUAAGCUUAAUGCAAACCUUUGCAUAACUUCACUGAAUAAAAUAAUAGUAAAUUAACCAAAA